AUGGACCAGCAAUCUUCCAGCUACUCAUCAAGAUUUCACUAUAAGAAAAUUGUGCGGAAAGCAGUGCGAAGUUUGAAGUUUCGACGUCGACCAGUAUGCCAAAUAUACUGCAGGACUGGGAAAUGCCCUUCAGUAACGUGUGCCUUCACUCAUGAUGAGAACUACCUGCGUAUAUGCCCUAAGUUUUUACUACGAAUUUGUCCUUUGGGAAAGGAUGCCUGUCCACUUGCUCAUGUUUUAGAUCCAUGUAGACUACCACAGUGUAGUUUUUAUGAAAGUGGAAACUGUGAUCGUGAUCAGUGUCCCUACCUACAUGUCAAUUAUCCUCCCGAUACAGCCGUUUGUUCGGAUUUCACCAUGGGACGUUGUUCGCGUGGUCGCUUGUGUAAUAAACGUCAUGUAUGGUUACGCAAAUCAGUGACAAAUAAAUCUGGUCGUCAGAAAGUAUUCAACGUAAAAAUUACUACAAAAAGCAACAAUGCUAAUGAUGAAGCUAGUGUAUGCUCGAAACCCAAGGUUGAUAACCAUUCAACGCUGACUACUGCUCCAGCUGGUUCAUUGCGUAAUGUGUUUCCUGCUCCAGAGUUUAUACCUCUUUUAUCUGAAAGUGAUUACCUCAACGCCGCCACAGAUAAAUCUUGUCUAUGA